UAAAUAUAAUCCCCUUCGUCCCAAUGUUGCUAUGAACACUAUGUGUCUCUAUGAAUUACAUUAUGAAUUACAAUUACUAAUUACUUAUUAUUAAUCUCAAGCAACCAAAACUUAUACAUGUUCAAUUUAUAUUUAUAAUUCAAAAAGUGAGAUCUGGAGUCUGGAUAAUCUUCUGUAUGUUCUUGCUUGUACUAAAUUUUAUAGAUAUGGUUUAAUUUUUUCUGACUUCAUUACAACGGACGUGUGAGCGAUAUUGGAUGUGAAAUAAUCAAACUGCCAAUAUCAUAUAUGUUCCUUUACAACCAUAAAGCUUUUGUUCAAAUCUUAUUUAUAUCUUCGUUAGUUAGUGAAUUAGGAUGUUCUCAUACUUUGAAUUAACUUUUUAUAGAUUUUAAACUGUGCUUAAACUGAAAAUUCACACCAUCACACACACUCUACACAUACACUAGACACACAUACCAUACACACACUACAUAUAAACAUAGAUAUAAAAGUAUAAAUUUCUCAUUUAUGCACAUGAACUACAAACAAUACAGACACGAGGUGAAAUAUAUCCGAACUUACUGUUCUAUUUCACUGCUGUCUAGGUUUAAAAUUAAAACGUAUUUGAAGUUUUUAUUCAAUGGAAAUAUUAGUUCAUAAUAAGAAAUACAUUUAAUCAGAAACCCAAAAUUCAACAUUACCGAAUGUGUUUAUUUGAAAUUUCCUCCAAAGUAUCUGACAGAAAAGUCGAAGAAACCGAGAAAUGCCGAAGUAAUAUGAAGUUUAAUACAUAAUACUACUGAAUUCAGAACCAAACAAAAUGUCGAUGGUACAGUCACACGGUGUUUCUAUAUCAUUUUAAACAAGGUUUCUUCAUAUAUUACUAACAGUAAUUGAUCACAAUAAGAAGUUGAGAUAAAUAUGUUUGAAUUCGAAAAAACGUAACUUGUGUCAAGAAUAUAGAUUAAUUAUAAUGCAAGAAAUUGGAUAUCCAUUUGGAGAAUUUUUGUUACUAUUUUUUAUGGAGGUUAGGAGGAAAGUGUUCCUCCAGGGAUAGUACUAUGGUCACUAUGAAUUCCGAAAAGGCUGCCACUAAGCGCAAGCCAGAGCCUAAUAAUGGAGGCUGUACAAAAUUAAAUAAUGAGGAAUCAAUCACUGUUCAACCUAUACAGACUUCUGAGGAGUCACCUAAUCAUCUUUUGUACAAAAAGAUGGAGAAAAUUGUUGAAAAGAUGCAAGAUGAAACAACUGGUGUGCCUGUACGUACAGUAAAAAGUUUCAUGUCGAAAAUUCCGUCUGUUUUUACUGGUUCCGAUUUGAUAAUGUGGAUGAUGAAAAAUUUAGAUGUAGAAGAUCAACAAGAAGCUUUACAUUUGGCUCAUUUAAUGGCAUCUCAUGGAUAUUUUUUUCCUAUUGAUGAUCAUAUGCUCACAGUUAAGAACGAUAAUACUUUUUAUAGAUUUCAAACGCCUUACUUUUGGCCAUCAAAUUGUUGGGAACCUGAAAAUACUGAUUAUGCUGUAUAUCUUUGUAAAAGAACGAUGCAAAAUAAAACGAGAUUAGAAUUAGCAGAUUAUGAAGCUGAGAAUUUGGCACGAUUACAAAAAAUGUUCUCUCGGAAAUGGGAAUUUAUAUUUAUGCAAGCAGAAGCACAGAGUAAAGUAGACAAAAAGAGAGAUAAAUUGGAAAGAAAGGUUUUAGAUAGCCAAGAAAGAGCAUUUUGGGAUGUUCAUAGACCAAUGCCAGGUUGUGUGAAUACUACAGAAAUUGACAUAAAAAAGGCAUGUCAAAUGCACAAACCAAUUCAUGGUGUUAAAGUUAAUACAGCUCCCAAAUUGUCGCCUUCUACAUCUGGUUUAACUCCAAAAAGUACUGCCGAACAAUUGAUAAAACAGAUUGAGCUAUUGAAGAGUAGACUUGAUAGGAGGAAUAUUAAAAUAUCAAAAGCUGCUGAAUCGUUUGUUGCAUACUAUGAGCAAUAUUUAGAAUACGAUAGUUUUUUUGUGGCUCCUGAAAAUCCUAAUCCUUGGAUAGCUGACAGUCCUGAUCUUUGGGAACAAGAUAAAAUGGCUAAAGACAUAUCAGCACGUCGAGUUAAGCGUUGGGCAUUUAGUUUGCAAGAACUUUUGCAUGAUCCCAUUGGAAGGGAGCAUUUCAUUCGAUUUCUUGAUAAGGAAUUCAGUGGAGAAAACUUACGGUUUUGGGAGGCAGUUCAAGAAUUGAAAGCUUUACCUCAAAGUCAGGUUCAAGAAAAGGCAAUGGAAAUUUGGGCGGAAUUCCUAGCACCAGAUGCAAGUUGUCCUAUAAAUGUUGAUUCACGUUCUAAUGAAUUGACUAAGAAGAACAUGGAGGUACCUGAUAGAUGGGGCUUCGAUUGUGCAGCUAACCACGUAUAUCAUUUAAUGAAAAGUGAUAGUUACUCAAGGUAUUUACGAUCUGAAAUGUACAAGGAAUUUUUGAAUGGGUCAAAGAAAAAGACUUCGGUGAAAGGAAUUCGAUCAAUAGUUUCAUUUUCCACAAGAAAAGACAAUGUCAUUUAGUUGAAAUAUUCAGUAGGGAAUGGUAUUCUAAAAAUAUUGAUAAAAAUAUAACGACAAUACUAAGACAGCCGUGUUGGCAUAUUUUAUUGAUUUUGUAUCUCAAAUAAAAUAUUAUUUGAAUUGAUGAUUGUAUUUAAUAUAAAAUUGAGGAGAGUGAAUGUCAUUUAAAAUGAGUCGGAAAUAAAAGAUAUUGACUCGAUAUUCUUUGAAUGCGGUUAAAGUGACCCAGUAUUGUGAUGAAUUACAUUGUGCUUAUUGUGUAAACGUUGAUAUUAACUUUGUAAAUAAAUGAUUAUAAAUUAAAAUUCGAAAAUAUAAUAAAAAAUUUUUAGUGGAUGUUUUGUUGCCUUCGUUAAAAAAGUACCUUGUGAUAACAUGCACAAACGAAAAAUGGAUAACAACGUAUAUAUUUAUAAAACUGAGAGUUAAAGGAUGUCACUUACGAUGUAAUGUAUGUAUGUGUUGCAUGAAUGUUUUAAAAAAUACUAUUAUUCAAUUAUGUUCCACAAAUACUGAGUCAAUGUCAACCCAUUUAUUUUCAAGAGUUGUGAUUUCAGUUGGAGCCUUUGCAGUGUAGGUUUUUAUUUGUUAAAAUAUGACACUGCCAUUUUUAAUCAUGAUGACUGUUGUAAGGGUGUUUACCCUAAAUUUAGAUAAUGUUGUAUAAUUGACCAAUAGGCAAUCGGACUUAGAUUUUUUAUGUAUAAUAUUUGUUGUGAAAUAUGGGACCCCAAAGUUAUAAAGUUAUAUUUUCAAGAACACAUUUUGAAAUACAUCUACAACAGUGCAUUAUGACUCAAGAAAUUUUACAUUUCAAGCUUUGUAAAUAACAAUAGGUAGAACUAAAUAUUUCAAGAUGUGUCGAAAAAUAAUAAUUUAAUGAGAUUAGAAUUAUAAUAAAGGCACAAACAUUUCAAAAUAUCUACAAAUUUCUGAUAGAAUCAAAUAAUUUGGAAAACAAGUCUUUUUUUUUCUUCUAUGUGGAUAUUUGUCUAUGACUUUCAAUUCCAUGUGAUUUAUUUGUACAGGCAUAACGUCAGUCAUAUAAUUUUAUUUUGAAGAAAAUAAAUUUAGACCUUUUUAUUGAGAAUAUUGUGGGUAAAGUUAACAUUAGGUAAUUGCAUUUUAUAAUUUAUCUUAAAAAUACUAGAAGUGUUAAUAUGAUCAAGUUUAUAUAUAAUGGUUUCUAUUUAAGUAUUAAUAGAAAAAACGACUAAAUAAAUAUUAAUAAAAAAUGCUGUUUAAAACAUUCUAGUAAAAUAUCAUUUAAAUAAGAAAGCUAUAAAACAUACUCUCUGUAGACUUGAAUUAUUUUUUCGGCCUAUAAAAGUCUAUAAUUACAUUUGCAAUUAGUGAAAUCAAAUCAUUAAGUGAUAACUCGCUUAUUGCAUGUACUUUGUGUGAACUCUAAUUUAAAAAAUCAUUAACUGCACCGUUGACAGCUUUGGACGUUUUGUGUUCUAGAAACAUAAAUAGAAACCUGUCCUAUAAUUAUCAUAAUUUUUGUCACGUUUUCCAAGUUAUUUUCGUUUAGUAUGAGAUUUUGGAUGGUUUCAUUAAGGACAGAAAUUUGAUGACAUGGAAUAAUAGAAUAUACAUGGUAUAUUUUAUAAGAAUAACAAUAAUUUACGUAUGUAAUUCAUUCUUAACAUAAUUUACUACCACGAUAUCAACUUUCAAAAUUACACUGUCUCUGAAAAUGAUAGAUUGGUGAUUGAAACGCACCUCAGGUAGUGUAAUUGUAAUUGUAAGUAUAAUAAUGGUAAGCAGUGUGUUUAUUAUGUGUUGUUUUUUUAAAUAAUUAACUUAUAGUCUUCCUUCUUAUACACCUUUAUUUGUCAACUCCAUGUACAAUACAAAUCAUAUUAAUAUAUCAUCUUAACCUUAAUGAUGAAUCAUUCUCGAUAAUUCUCUAUGAUUCUCACUAACUGACUUCUUCUUUUUUUAUUUUCAUAUAUCUUAACAGUAGGCCAGAAAGUAAAAAAACUAAUACCUAUAUUAUUAAAUACAAACCAGAAAAGUAUUAUUUUUAACAUUAUGAAUAUUGGUUUCAGAAAUUGUGUAUUCUUUAUAAAUAUCUUUAUUGGAUGUUUGUCACUUUCAUAUUACAUAUUUUAUUUGAAUAACCAAACAAUAUUCACUUUUUAUAAAUUAUGUUUAUUUUAUUAUAUAAUUUUUAUUAUUUUACCUGAAUCGUGAAGGUAAAAAGUGUGAAUUUCCUUUUUCCUGGGUUCUCUCUGUAUGCUGAUAUUGUAUAAUUCGUAUUUAAUAUUAUUUUAGUCCAAUUGCCUGUUUGGAUUCAGUUUAUAAUGCUCUGACACUGGCAUUUAUAUUAAAAAACUUAGGUUCCUAUUAUUGAUAGAUAUUUAUUAUUUUGCAAAUAUUUUAGUUAAGAUAGAGUCUAGUCUUACGACUAUGGAGGGUAGAGGUAAGGAGAACCAUCUCUGUGCUACAGAAAGUGUCCAUCAAAUUCUUUACGUUAUGGAAGCGCUACUAUCGCAUGAGUGUAAAUUUUAAAUGAAGCGUUAGAAAUUUAAGAAUAAGGACAGAGAAAGAAAGAACUGAUAAUUGACACUUUCUUUCUUACAAAUUCACAAUAAUUAAUUAACAUUCAGCGUUAUCUCACAGUAGUUUUUCUAGGUUAUAUUUAGAAAAUUAUGUUGUACUACAUGAAUAAUUUAGAUUUUGUAUACCAAUAUUUAAUUAACGACUCUACUCAUUUGAAAUAUAUAAUUUUCUAACACUGCUUACUUCACUCUAACUAAAAUAACUAAGUUCAUAUAUCUUGUCCGACAGGAGCGCCAUUCUGGUCAAAUUUUGAAUUAUAAUUUACCGUCUACAAGCGGAUAGUUUUUAAGCUAAGCCCCCAUAUGAGAUGGUCCUCCUUACCUCUACCCUCCAUACUUACGACAUUUUACGUUAGUGACAGGAAGGAGAUAAAACGGUACGACCCACCUGUAAAAAUAAAUGAAAUGAUCAGAUCCGUCUUAAUUAUUGUGUUCGAAGUGGAUGUAGUUUAUUUGGAGAUGUAUAUGCUACAGUUAUAACCGGUUUCAGUAAAUUCUAGUAUCCUUAGUGUUAAAACUAGUUUUUUUUACAUUUUUGACUAACAAAUACUAGUUUUGACUGAGAAAUACUAGAUUUUACUAGUUAGAAACAAUUAUUUUAAAAACUUCAUUUUUGUAGAAUAAUAAAAGGAAAAUUUUGUACCUGAAAUGUAAUAUAAUGAAAAUAUUGUUCCACUUUUUUGAGCAGUUUAAACUUUCGUGCUAAUUUUAAUUACAUUGCUCUGAGCUAAUGGACCAUUUUUAAGCAUCUCUGCGAGAGUAUUUAAGACUUUAUGAAAUGGUAGAAAUACCUAAAUUUGACACAUUUUCAGAAAAACAUUUAUAAUUUCAGUUGUUCUGUUCGCAUAUUUUCUUGAAAUUCCAGUGGUGUAGGAUAUUUGGUUUUGUUUGUAAAAAUUUUCUCCUUUAACGCCUAAUCAGAGCCCUUUGGUCAUUCAAUAUUCCGUUUUAAACUUUAUCCCCCCACUAUUGUAAUUGUCUUUUCUCUAUAUAGUCUAAUGUAGGUUGUAUAUUUAGUUCUUUAUUUUAUCUUUUUUUGUCAUUCCUUCGAUUCCUCAUAAAUAUUUCAUCUCUAUCACCCGAAUUUUACUUUUUUGUCGUUCUGUCAAUACCCAAGAUUCACAUCCAAUUGUUAAAAUUGUUCUAUAUGUAAUAUUUUGAAUAUUCUUAGUUUGUGUCUCUGGAUAUUUCUUUUUUAUUUAUGAAUUAUUUUAUUAUUUAUAUAUUAUUUAUACUAUUUAUAUUAUUUAAACUAAAACUAACUGAAAACGGGUUUUAACGGUAACAUAUAUACAGGUAUCCACAUUCUCAGAAAUCAUAAGAUGGGAAAUUAAUCAAGCAAGAUAUUCAAAAAAGUUUAUUAAAAAGUAUAGCAUACGAAAUUGAACAACUGCGAUAGAUUCGAUACCUCGUUAUAAACAACACAUUUUGAAAUAAUCUCAGCAAUAUAAUUAAUAUAAGGCAGCACUGAACAUUGUCAUUUUUUUGUAUUUGAAUAACUGUAGUUUAUAUUAAAUUUUUUAAUCCAUAUGGGUAUAAUAUAUUACUCAUAUAACGAAUAACAAGUUAUCAACAAACAUCAAAAUAAGUUGUUAUGAACAGACUAUAUAGAUAGCAUUUUAGAACCUAGUGUUAAUUUGUAAAGGAAUUGAAAUCGUAAAAUUCAAUCAGAAUUGUCCAUAGCUAGAAUUAUACGUCGAAAUACAAAAUAAAUAUUA